UAAAUGUUGAGUCCUGAUUCUUCUGAGGGUUUAAGGUUUUUCUCUCUGUAACACGUGUCCUGUGGAUUUAAAGCACAUCUGCCUCAAGUCGAGUCACAGUUGAGUCUUAAAGGACGUUUUGAAAUGGCGAUAUCUCAGAAAGCUGUCCAGAUGUCCUCUCCUGGUCCUGGUCUGAACCAGGACGUCCCAGACACACUCCAGAUUAAAGAGGAGCCAGAAGAAGAGGGGAUCAAACAGGAGCCAGAAGAAGAGGGGAUCAAACAGGAGCCAGAAGAAGAGGGGAUCAAACAGGAGCCAGAAGAAGAGGGGAUCAAACAGGAGCCAGAAGAAGAGGGGAUCAAACAGGAGCCAGAAGAAGAGGGGAUCAAACAGGAGCCAGAAGAAGAGGGGAUCAAACAGGAGCCAGAAGAAGAGGGGAUCAAACAGGAGCCAGAAGAAGAGGGGAUCAAACAGGAGCCAGAAGAAGAGGGGAUCAAACAGGAGCCAGAAGAAGAGGGGAUCAAACAGGAGCCAGAAGAAGAGGGGAUCAAACAGGAGCCAGAAGAAGAGGGGAUCAAACAGGAGCCAGAAGAGCAGCUGCAAGUGUGUCUAACUGAAUCAGGAGCUGUGUGUGUGAAGACAGAAGAGUUCAAAGAGGAGUUGGAAGAAGAGAUCGUCAAACAGGAGGAAGAACAGCUGCACGUGCUUGUCUCCGAGUCCAGUGUUGUGUGUGCAAAGACAGAAGAGUCCUCACUGCUUCAACCAAGAGAAGACACACAGGGAGAGGACAUCAGCUCAGAGACUGAGGGAGACACGGAGCACUCUUCUGACUAUGACGACGACUGGAAAGCUCCAUUCAGCUUUUCAGAUGAUGAAGACCAGGACUACAACCGAGUCCACAUCAGUCCAACCUCUGGUGCAGACUUGUAUUUGGGGGGGAGGCCUGAGACCAGUCCCACUGUGGACAAUGGAGACAUGUCAGGAACAGGUGAAGGAGCUGAGAGCAGGAAAUACCAAUGCUCUGUUUGUGUAAAAAGAUUUGGGUCUAAGUAUGAUUUACAAAGACACAUUAGAGUUCACACAGGAGAGAAACCAUUCAGCUGCCCAUUCUGUAAGAAAGCAUUUGCUCAAAUUGGUAAUCUUGCAGUACACAUAAGAACACACACAGGAGAGAGACCUUACAUCUGUUCAAUUUGUAAGAAAGGGUUUACAAAUUCCACCAGCCUCAAAUAUCAUAAGGAAACACACACAGGCGAAACACCACUCAACACCACUGCACCAAAUUCAGAUCUGUCCCCCGAAUACAAGUCUGCAUCAGAGACAAGUGCCACUGUGAACAAUGGAGACAUGUCAGGAACAGCUGAAGGAACUGGAAGGAAGAAACACCAAUGCACUGUUUGUCCAAAGAGAUUUUGGUCCAAACAUGUUUUACUAAGACACAUUAGAGUUCACACAGGAGAGAAACCAUUCAGUUGUUCAAUCUGUAAAAAGGCAUUUGCCCUGAAGAGUCAUCUGACAGAACACACGAGAACACACACAGGGGAAAAGAUUUACCGAUGUUCAAUCUGUAAGAAAACAUUUAUCAAAAAAGGUGACUUUACUGAACAUAUGACAACACACACAGGAGACAAACCUUACAGCUGUUCAGUCUGUGAGAAAUCAUUUAUCAGAAAAUGCCAUUUUACUGUACACAUGAGAACGCACACAGGUGAGAAACCUUACAGCUGUUCAAUCUGUCAGAAAGCAUUUACUCAAAAGAGUAAUCUUGAAAGACACAUGAUAACACACACAGAGACACAGUACAGUUGUUCAGUCUGCAAGAAAUCAUUUCCUGACGAAGGUAAUCUUGCAGUACACAUGACAAUACACACAGGGGAGAAACCUUACAGCUGUUCAGUCUGUGAGAAAGCAUUUAGUUUAAAGAGUAAUCUUGCAAUGCACAUGAGAACGCACACCAGUCAAAAACAAUUCAGCUGUUCUAUCUGUGAGAAAACAUUUCCAGCUAAAUGUAGUUUCGCAGAACACAUGAAAACGCACAAAGGAGAUAAGUCUUACAGCUGUUCUGUCUGUAACACGUGCUUCGCCACAAGCUCUCAUCUGAAAAGGCACAAUAAGAGAAAUCAUGCAGGUGAAAAGCCUCACAACUGUUCAGUUUGUAACACACGGUUUAACUGUAGCUCUUAUCUGAAAAUUCAUAUGAGAAGUCACACAGGGGAGAAACCUUACAGCUGUUCUAUCUGUAAUGCACGGUUUAACCAGAGCUCCAAUCUGCGCAGACACAUGAAGAAUCACAAGGGAGAAAAACCUUACAGCUGUUCUGUCUGCAAUACACAUUUCAGCCAGCGCUCUCAUUUGAACAGACAUAUGAAAAAUCACAAAGGAGAGACAUAGACUGCAAUGUGUUUGUCAUGUUACUGUUCUAAAGAGAUUAUUGUUUAAAACGGAGAUGAAAUUCUGUGAUGAAAUGAACUGCUAAAUAUUAAAGCAGACCUAUUAUGCAAAAUGAUUUUUCAGAGCUUUUGACCAUGUUUCAGUUUCUCCCUCUCAUUUAUCCAGUCGAAGUUGUAUUUGUAGUAAUUUGUGACUGUUUUCUAGAGGCCAUAUUGCCGAUCAAUCACUGUUCUCACCGCUACCGGCAUACGCCUACUGUGACGCACUUGUUUUAGGUAAAUAUUGCGAUUUAAAAUGUCCAAAUUAUAAUGUAAUCUAUGACACCCAUGGAUCUAAUUAUACCGGUACAGCAGAUACAAGCACAAUAGGUCUUCUUUAAUACUGCACGGACUUGGUUUAUGUAUAUUUCUGUUAUUACUGAGCCUUUUGGAAAGAAACUCGUAAAUCUCUGCACAAAUAAACCUAGUUGUAUUGUGAGUUUG